UGACGGCAGCCAAACAUCACAAUUAAAACCCGCCUGGGAGAUUAUUUAGCUUCACAACAAGCAGUUUUCUAAACAAAUAUAAUAAAGACACGGCAACAACAACAGCCAUGUCUGUGAAUUAUGCUGCCGGACUGUCGCCGUACGCGGACAAAGGUGUUUGCGGACUUCCGGAGGUGUUCGACAGCCCUGAGGAGCUGAAGGUGAAGGCGGAGACCCUCGCUCAGAUGAUUAAAGAAUCUGAGUACUUGGUCGUCCACUCUGGAGCAGGAAUCAGCACCUCAGCAGGCAUCCCUGACUUCAGGGGUCCGAAGGGUGUGUGGACGUUAGAAGAAAAGGGUGAGUCACCUCACUUUGACACCACAUUUGAAGAUGCCCGACCCAGCCUGACUCACAUGGCCCUCCUGGGACUGCAGAGGGCUGGCUACCUCAAGUAUCUCAUCAGCCAGAAUGUGGACGGCCUACAUGUGCGAUCAGGCUUCCCCAGGGAUCUGUUAUCGGAGCUUCAUGGGAACAUGUUUGUGGAGGAGUGUGAGAAGUGUGGCAGGCAGUAUGUCAGAGACAAAGUGAUCGGCGUGAUGGGACUGAAACCGACAGGACGUUACUGUGAUGUGGUUCGAUCCAGAGGACUCAGAGCCUGCAGAGGAAAGCUGAUCAGCACUAUACUGGACUGGGAGGAUGCUCUUCCUGACAGAGACCUGAACAAAGCAGACGAUGCCAGCAGACGAGCAGACCUGGCACUGACGCUCGGCACCUCCAUGCAGAUCAAACCCAGUGGAGACCUUCCACUUCUCACCAAGCGCAAAGGAGGGAAACUGGCCAUUGUCAACCUGCAGGCCACGAAACACGACAAGCAUGCCCACCUGCGUAUCCAUGGUUACGUGGAUGAUGUAAUGAAAGAGGUAAUGGAGCUGCUGGGAUUGGAAAUCCCAAAGUGGGAAGGUCCGACUCUCUGUGAGAGCUCCAAAGUGGCCUCUGAGUCCACCACAGACGUCAAACCACCACGUGCAGUUACGGCAGAGAAAAAGGUGAAAAAGGAGGCGAUUAAGGAGGAGAGGAAAAGAGACACAACGGCACUAACAGAGGAUGGGGGUGUUAUGGAGGAGGCGGUGUCGGUAAAGAGGGAGAGAGCGGAGCCCCCAGUGGAGAUAAAUGAAGAGAAAUAGCCUCAGGUAUUUUUUUCCUCACAACAACUUCACAACACAAACCCGUCCAGGAACAAACUUCACAACUGAGGGCGCUCGGUUUGAUCAGUUUCAGAGGACAGGGGUUCUUCUCAUCUUCACCCUCUGGAGCAAAGACUCUUCAAGUACUGCAGUGGUUUGGUUAAACCCAGAUCUCUUACACUCCCCUUGCAGCCACGAUAAACAGGGGUGUGAAACUGACUCCUCAGCUGAGGGCUCAAAGGUUGACUAAGCGAUAGUGUCCGGGGUAAAAGGAUCUACGUGAGGUGGAUGUUCAGAUGGGAGUGUAUCUUUUUAAUUACCGAUUGAACUACGUGUGUAAAAAGUCGAUUUAGCAAUACACAACCUGCGAUGUAAAUGUUCCUGCUGUCAUAGUAAGGACAUGGUAAAGGGGAUCUUUGCAUAUUAUUCAACUUGAGGCUUUAUUUUACUAGGAGAACCAGCCUUUAAAGAGCAGCUCUAUGAUUUUUUAGGUUUUUGUAUCAUUCUGUAUUUUCCCAGUAGUGUUCCUAAUGUGUUCAAAUCCAAAAAUACAAAAUUUUGCUGGAAGUACAUAUGUUUUUGGAUCAAAUGCUGUUUUCCCAAGCCCUUCUAUAAACUUUCAUGACCUGACUUAGGUUUCUGCAUGGUGACAUUGCUACAUAUGAACUCUCUAGCCCGCCUAAUGUGCCUCUUCGGGACUGAGCUAAGUCUUCUUGGACUACGUUUAAACUGCAGGCUAAUGUGGCCAAAGUCUGAUCUUUUUGCUCAUAUGUGACUCAGAUCAGUUGUUUUUCAUAACGCCAGGUUCACACUGGACACAGAAGCACCAUGAUUUGUUAAUAAUCACACAGCCCCCCGUCAGCAGUCACCUGGCCAUUCACACCAGAGCGGCAUUUCUCUGUGCCGAUCAGCAAGUGACUCAGCCCCUCUGCUCUGUUUAGAUUACAUGUAUUACCUCUGUUUGCCUCUGGCUCUGUGAGUGUGAUUAUGUGUGUGCCAGGGUGCUCUGUGCUGUGCCGCGUCCAGUGUGAACAGAAAGGUUAAAAUGGGCAGCAAAGGCAAGGGGGCACGGAAAAUCGGCACGCUUUGUGGUGCGUCCUCGUGCUGUGUGUGAACAAAUCACAUGGAAUCUCAUCUUUUCAAUCUGAUUUUGGUCUCUUCCAUAUGUGAUCCUGAAUCAGAACCCCGAACUGAGUGCCAGAGUCUUGUGGAGAGGCGCUGACAGAUGUAGUUAAAACUGUCCCUUUACAUCCUGAAAUUUUGAAUGAAAUCUUUUUCAGUGAAGUCAUUCACGUCACAAUCCCACAACACCUGGUGCUGACGCUGCACCCACACACGCCUACGUACAGAAAUAGCAGCCACAGCUUUACAAAAAGCCAUGAUUUAAAAACCUGGCUGUCUUCCUCCUCGUCCUCAUUAUCAUCUAUUCACGAAUUUGCUGGCUUCCGCUGCACAUCAGCUUAUACCUGAAACUGUAAUCACUGACUUCAGUGGCCUCCAUCUUUACUUCUAUACAACAGCACGCUACACGUGACGUCUUUGUUACUAUUCUUAUGCACAUGUGGGUCAGUUCAGGACCGUGACCAGUUCACACUGGAAUUUGAUAUUGGCCACAUUUUUAAAAAAUUAUAUGAACAGCCAAAUUAAAGAUCUGAGCAAUAAAUCCGAAUGAACACCAAGGCUUAAGAUGUGAAUGUAGUAUGUGAGAAUUGUUUGUAAUUAUUGAUCUUAAGGCCUUUGCACACUGAGUCAAUUUUUUUCAUUCAUAAUUGUCACACGUCUAAAAAUAAAUACCACCUCACAUUGUGUCAAUCAUGUUUGAGUCUGAAACUAUCAUCUGCGAACAGGUUCGAUUUUCUGCGUUUUUCACAUCCAUAAGAGCCUUCAGAGACAUUUGACCAAGACUCAGUGAAGAAAAUGUGGCGGGGGGACACAUCAGCAACAACACAGAGGAACAGGGGGCACAGGAUAAUUUCAAAACUCAGACAGCUCACGUUUAACAGGUCAGACAGUAAUAUUCAGGUGCAUUGAAAUUUGAUUGAAUUGAAAUUUUCGCAACGAGUAGAACAAUAAAAAGCAUCUGAAUCAGUG